AUGGCAACUGCAAGGCACCCGACUGCAAAGGCGCUACAGAGGGUGGUGAUUCCGGCCCAGUACAUCACUGGGGCCAAGCUCCCUGCCAUCCAGGACCUCUACACCAGAGGCCGCAUGCACGGUGACCGGGCCCAGAACGGAUCCGUUAUUCAAGAAAUGGCAUGCUGCUCUGCCAAGGGAAUGGCUCGGCUGCACCAUGAAACAGACACAGUUGCAGCUCAGUCCCCCCGCCUUAGACACCCAGCCAGGUCCACCAUGAAGUCCACAGGGAGCGAACAGAGUGCCACGCCGGACGGUUUCCCCUCCGACCUGGACGAGCUGGAUAGUGGAAGCGAGGAAAGCUCCGACAACAAGUCGACGGGCGGCGGCUGUAGCCCCCAGGGAGGGUGCCGGGAGGGAGCCAGGCAGAGGGAGAGGGGGUGCAGCAGGCGUCUGCCGGGCGUUAGCAAACAGAGACAGGCAGCCAACGCGCGGGAACGGGACAGGACCCACAGCGUGAACACGGCCUUCACCGCGCUGCGCACCCUCAUCCCCACAGAACCGGCCGACAGGAAACUGUCCAAGAUCGAGACGCUGCGCCUGGCGUCCAGCUACAUCUCCCACCUUGCCAACGUGCUGCUGCUGGGGGACGAGUGUUUGGACGGACAGCCCUGUCUCAGGUACCACAGCAUCCUGCAGAGCAGCACCAACAUCAACAGCAGCAGCCCCCCGCUCAGGCCCAUAUGUACUUUCUGUCUCAGUAACCAGAGGAAAACGCUCAGAGAUGGAGAAAAGCACACAGCCAUCUGA